ACUGAGCUCAGCGAGAUUCUGCGACUGCAGGACUUCUGACACGGGCGAGUCCGAGACUCGGACUUAGAGAGUGAUACCCGGUCAACACGAAGCCAACAUUAACACUCGUCGUCAGGAAGGAGAUGCUUUUCCCAUGUUGUAAGCUGAACGUUUCCUGCUUUUCCUGCUCAUCUCUAGAUUGUACCUUGUCGACACAUUUCACUUCCAAGGUGACAACUACUUUGGCAUAAAGGUGCUGCAAGGUCCAUGCACUUCCUGAGAGUCGAACUCUAAGUCUGAGUCAGAGGCCCAAGGAACAGGCCACCAGGUAGCUUCUUCAAUCUGUUGCUCUCUGUCGCUGAAGGUGUUUUUUCACGCAGGUAAAAUACUGACUGGGAAAAGCAGAGCGGCUUAGGAGAAACGAGCAGGAGUAUGACAUAUAGGUGAACCUACAGUCAAGUACAGGGUACGGAUAGAUUCUCAGAAAAUGAGAGUUCGUUUUGUGGAGGUUGCAAGCCUGUCGACCAAGGCAAAGCCAACAGACUGCGACAACAAGAAAGCAGUCAAGGACAAUACAUUGCAGUCUCUGCAAGAGGCGUUUCCUGACAGAACGUUGUUUGUUUGGGAUCAUGAUUGUUGGAAUGAGGUGGACAACACCACCAGGAAAUUGGUUGUCGAAGGGGCCCGGUUGAAGUUGGUAGUGCCAGAUCAAAGAGCUAGUCCCUCCACUCCUGCAACGCUUCACCUGCCUGCUGAGUUCUGGAGCAUCGUCGCAAAGAAGAAGGGACGAGGAGAGCUUUUUGACGACCAGCUAACUAUCGGCGGUUCAAGUGCUGACCUGAGGGAUGUUGAUGAAGCUCUUGUCCGUCACCAUCUAGGACGGAGAGUGCGGCAGCUCGUCAAGAAUGACGGUCAACUGGAAAAGAGUUUCAACUGGAACGCUGCUGCGCGGGAAGAUGAUUCUUCCAACAUGGAGGGAGCGGUCGCUUUUGUCCAAAGCGCUAUGGCUGAUUGCUGCAGUGUUCCUGUCGAAGUGCUGGGGGUGGAGUCCCUACAAGUCUUUGCCAAGAGCGAGGCUACGCCACAGAAGCGGACUGCAGUAAAAGCGACCAAGACAGACAUCAUUAUUGUUCCUCCGGAGUGGAAGGCUGCCGCAAAAGAGAAACCCGAAAGUGUCCUGGAUGAGAUCUAUACAAUGGUGGAUCUGAAAAAGCCCGAAACCUGGUUUCCAAACCUGAAGAAGAACAGAGGGCAGGUUUUAUCCCAGUAUACGAUCGGAACGUAUCGGACGGGCCGUGAUCUGCCUGCCAUGAUGACUGAUCUCAACGGCAACAGCCACAUCUUCCAUCAAGAGACCAGCGGAGGAGAACUCUUGACCAAGGAGGUGGUAUUUCAGAACCAGGCACAGGCCUUCAAGUACCUGGGGCGCCUAAUUGAAGAAGCUUCGAAGGCGCUGGCUCAACCGAUUGACUUUGAUGACGCGCUGAAGUCUUUGACUUUGGCUGGCCCCACUUUCUCACCCGGCGCACUCAAGAUCUGGCACCACACCGACGCCCAAAGCGACCUUGAUGCCGCCGUACGAGAGGACAUUGACGAGUGUUGCUACAACGAAAUGGCUAGGAACAGCGGCCAAGCUCUGCCGAGCUACAGGAGCGCUCAAGCCCAUGCUAGCAGCCUCAGAGAAGGGAUGCUGGCAGAAUUAGAUCCAAACCGUCUUUCCUACAUUGCUUAGGUACCACGUGUCCUUCAACGAGGUUUGAAGGUUGGAUUGUCCAUAAUUAGAUCUCGACGAAUCUUGGGUAAGCAUUGGCCUUAUAUUGACAGGCUACGUCAUGAACACCGUCAUCUUAUUUUGCCUCUGUGGCCAGUCCUCGAUGCUUGUUCACCGUUGGCAUUAGCAUGCAUCAUUGCUGGUGAGGGGGGUCAGCUAAGAAAAGAGGUGAUCGUUUGGACGUGAAGCGAUGCAGCGUUAAUAUUGCGAGCUGCUCCAUAACAACGACAUCAUUCAUGAGGAAUAAUUCCUGUAUGACGAAGCAUCUAGUGAAG